CAUAAUCAUUCCUGUUGAUGGAGCUUCACAGAACACGUACAGAGAGUGUGGUGGCAACCUUGGAAUAGACCCUUACCCACCAUGGCACCUCCCCCCCCCGGGGCUAAAGGCGACUCUAUUAAUAAAAACCCCAUUAAUAAUGACUCCGAGGGAAGCGAAACUCGAUCCCCUGCAAGCAGACCCGCGUGCCUUCGUGCCGUGGUUGUUGACAGAGAGAGAGAGACAUGGGGAGGGCGCGUGGCAAGAGGAGGAGGUGCAUCGGUGGUGGUCACUUUACCCCCCACACCGCCCACCUACACCCCCACCGCUACACUUUAUAAACGUGCCGAGACCCUUGUUCUGAUUGUUGCUGUUUCGACCGAACGACUGGGCAAGGGCCACAGAGAGAAGAACAGUUGGCAAAACGAAUUGAUGCAGAGACCCAGGGCGAGAAGACUCCACCCCAAGUGCCGCAGGUUCCAGGGUCCAGAGAUUCUGCUGUGAUCCACCUGAAAACCUAGGCCCCCCAGACCACAGAGAAUUCCAGAGAGAUCAAUCAACUCCGUCGCUCUACAAGGCCCGUUGAUCACCAACUACUGUCCAUUGGUAUCCCUCUGCCAACCAAAGACCGCUGGCCCAAUACCCUGCCAACCUCUGCCUGCCACGCAGGACCCUCACACCUCCACUAGACAGAGCCUGCUGAGAGCCACCAUUUAAGGCUCACUUACAGACCUACCGAACUACCCCACCCACCCACCCAAAACCCACCAGACACCCAGGACCUGCCCGUUCCUCUCUCUUCCAUCCCCCAGGCCCCCCACUUCUCACACCAGCCCUCCCAGCACCCCGCCUCCACCGCACCCCGCAAAGCAAGGCCGCACCAUGCAGGGCGACGCGAUGGCUUUCGCGAGCCGUGUGCGCGAGUGGAGCCGUGCCGAGUGCUACCACGCCCAGUGCCGCCACUCGUCGCUCAUCUUCUACCGCGCCGUGCGCGACCGCCGGCCGCCGUGGGCCCUGGAGGAGCUGCGCACGAUGGGGGUGUUCCACUGGGAGCGGGGUCCGCAUGCGUCACGCACCGCCUACACCCCCAGCGAGGCGCUGCUCUACGCCAUCGUGCACGACCACCGCGCCUACGCGCGACACCUCCUCGGUGACGGGCCCUGCCUCGUAGCGACGCAGGGUCAGCAGAUGCUCAACUGGCAGGAAGAUCUCGAGAACCAAGAGAGAUCAAUGGAACACCAGCAAGUAGCUUCGAAUAAUCAACAUGAGGCUCAAGACCAGCAGCCGGAGGUCAGACAAAGCAUUCAUCGAGACGGACUCCAACAGGUGUAUCAUAAGAACCAGAAUCAGCAAGGUCACCACCAGCAAAGUGUGCAGGACCAUGAGACUCAGAGUCAGCACCACCAACAGCUUCAGCAGAAGCUGGGCCCCCCUUCUGCCCUGGCCCCACCGGGCCCCGCAUUUGGCGCGUCACACCUGGCCACGGCUGUACGCUACGACCGCGUGGAGUUGCUGCUAUUGCUGCUGCGCGUGGCCCGUCACUGCAGCGACUCCUUUCGUCUCUCCGACUACGUGAACGCGGCCGAGGUGACGCCCACGUGGGGUCCUGGAGCCGGCAGGACCCCGCUGCACCUGGCGUGCCAGCUGGCCAAGCCCGAGUGCACGCGCAUCCUUCUCGCGCACGGGGCGCGGGCCGAUGUGGCGGACAUGCAGGGUGAGUUUCCGCUGGACGCCCUGCUCGAGCCCCUGGAAGGUCCCCUGGGGUCGUCCAAGCGAGAGGGAAAUGGGGGACCAGUUCCCCCUGGGUGUAGGGCUUGUCAAAUCAAUAAUAACCAUCACCAAAUCCACACCCAUCGUCGUGGUUCACUGACCAACCAGGACCUCCACCAAAGGGCCUCCCAGGUCCUGCACGAGACGGCCCACAGUGAACUUAACGAGAGGGCUGCCCGGAAUCUUAAUGAGCUGCCCUGCCAGGACCUCCACGAGAGGAACCGUGGCAACCUCAACGAGCGGGCUCACCAGGAUCUCCACGACUGGGCCCCCCACGACGCCCUGGCACGUGCCCGCUGCCUGGAGCUGCUGCUCCUCUUCUCGCCGCCCGGGGGGCGCGGCCCCCCCAGCUCAGGGUCCGCGCGCGCCCUACUGGAGCGCGCGCCCGAGCGGUGGUGCGCGCUGCUGGGCACCGAGACGUGGAUGCGUGCGCUGGGGCGCUCCCCACCAAGCCUGCGCGCGUGCGCCCUGAGGGAGCUCCUACGCGGCGGGGAGCGUGCACGCGGCGCCAUGCUCGAUUCCCUGCCCGUACGCCAUGGCAUCUAGCCUCGAUAUCCACGGAAGUUCCAGACAGGCGUCCCGAGUGGCGGCACCAGACGGGCUUCAUUGGAAGUUCCAGACUUCCUGUGGAAGCACCGGGACAGACUUUCGUGAAAGUUUCAAACGUCUGUGCAAGCUCUUGACAUCUGUGGAAGCCCCCGGACAGGCAUCCACUGAAGUUCGAGGCAUAUAUAGAAGGGCGAUUCCACGCCUUUAGUUCAGCACUUUAGUGGGUGAGGGUAGGACUGGUGAAUCAUAAACAGAUUUUUUUUCGAGACUCCCAAAUACACUGGUGCUGAGAGGUUUGUUCGAGAUGGUCAGGACAACAAGUGGGUUCAGCAUUUGGGUUAUGUGCGGACUUUUGCGAGCAAUGUUCUCGUAUGUUUCUUAGGUUUCUUCAAGUACCACCAGAUUCCUCACAGAUGUAAUGCAAUGAUCAAAAGGCAUUGGCCAAAUAUCUGAAUUGCUGUGCUUUCAUGGAAAAAAAGUGUCUUUGGAGACUCAGUGAUGCUCAUCAAUACGAAACACCUUUUGGAAACUCCUGACAUUUGUAAGCCUACACCUGCGCCUGACAUCCACAGUAAUUUUAGACAUUAAUGUGUAAGACACCUAGAGACAAAUGCUAUCUUAUGAUAUCGGUGGGAUUAACUUGUAAUUGGCGGAAGUGCAGAGCAGACGACAUCCGUGAGAUUCCCAGAAGUAAGCACACAAGCGUCUUUGCGAUGACGACAGAAAGCGUAGCCCGGUUGUUGCCUCGACUCCGGCCAAUGCAGCUCGUUUUGAGAGUUUGAUUACGGAUGUCGGGCAAUGAGGAAUUCAGAACAUAUCGGACGUUAAAAGGAGAAUCGUGUGAACAGUGCAUUCAAUAAUGCAUGACGGGUUUUUAUUUCUGACAAUGAUGUACCCUUUAGAUGCCAAAAAUGAAAACAAAUAGGAUUUGCUUUUGUUGUCGCUGAUUCAGGAGAUGCCUACGAGAAGGCAAAUGGCCUCUUUUUUCAAUAUAGUCGUUCCACGCAUAUUUUUAACUUUGCCACGACUGAUACAGCCGUCGCCGUAUUGCUGCCUCGGCUUCCAAGAAUCUCACUCCUCCUUACACCCUCUUCCAAUGUCCAUUUGUGCAAGGGCACCACCAUCUUUUUGCACGUUAUUCAGAGGCAACAUUUGGAGUCGGGGUGGUGGGGGGGCAGGUGAGAAUAUAUUUAAUACUAUUUGCAGGGUCAUACCCCACUCACGAUGCGCUAUUCACCAAAACCGCGAUGACGUAAAUUACAACAAUUGAUUAAGCCUCCAUUGUAACACCCUGGCGGUGCAGCACUCUCCAUGUGACAUGUAACUCUCACAUGAAACAUGCACUGCUAGAACUUAUAAAUGCUAAAUAAUCGUUUUAGGAGAUAUUUUUAGUAGUUGUCACCGCAUGUGACAGAUGCUCACAUCGGAAUGUUUACUAAACGGAGAGUAUUUAAAGGUAUUGGUUGCCUCCUUGUAUUCCUAUUUUAAAACUAAGCCCACGAUGUGAGUGCAGAUGGAUAGAAAUGUAACGAGUCACUGAGACCCGAAUUAAAAUUGGUUCGUAUUCUCACGAUACUGCACAAGAACCUCCAUCGUGCACUUAAAAUUAUUGUGGGUGCUCAGUGUCGCAACUAAAUAGUCGGCCAUGCGUAGCAGCGUCAUGGUUUAAAUCUGCCAAAUGCAACCAAAUUACUUGCAAAUUACCUAACUGGAACAACCAAUAGCGAACAUGGCCCCCUUGCUGGCAGACUAAUGCCCACCUGCAGGCAGGUGAUUUGUUCACCUUGUGCCACACAGGUACAAGCUGCCAAUAGGGGGCUCAAUAGGCUAAAUAUAUAACUGCAGUGAGAGGUUUUGUUACGUUAUAGGUGCAAUAUAAAUACAAGUAUCAUUUUCAUUUCAUGCUUUUCAUACCACUAAAGAUUCCACAGAUGAAUGCCAUCUUGGAAUUAGUUUCACCACAAUGGCAUAAAAAAUAUCGGUUCGAGAAAACAAUGAAUCUAUGAAUUUUGAUAACGCAUUGAAUCGUAGAGAGUGUGAAUUAUUACAUCCCUACAGACUGGCCGUCAGACAAGUUUGGAAUCCCGCCUGCAUGCCAUACAUAUCCAGCUGACACAAACAUUCGGUUGGAAAUGCUGUGCAGAGAAGCUGCGGUGGCUAGCAAGCAGGCUUUCUUGGUGUUUUUUAUUUAUUAUCACAGUUGGCUGCUGUAGGACUAUUUUGGGCCUACAGUGCACAGCGGCCAGCGAUUGAUACAUUGUUUCCAUGGCACAAUUAACUUAAGUAAACUGGAGCUGGCCUGAUUUCUCGUCGUUGGUACAAAAAGAUAAAACUAAUAUUGGCGUUUUCAAGAUUUUCCGAGUUACUCGAGUUAUCACAUGAGAUUGUCAGGUCUUAAGAAAUAAAGUCAGGGUAAGAUUCUCCUAGUUGUGCUAUGGUUGUCACUUCUCACGUGGUAUUCACAAAUGGCAGGAAGCAAAGGUUUCCUACGAAUUCUAAUGCGGCGUUCACUACCACCGGAUGUACAAUUAAAUGCUCCCGCCGACAUCUUUCAUUGACAUGUUUGGUGGCAUAUUUACGCUUGUCCCAAAAAUUCUGACAGCAGGGAAUCCAGGCGAAUCGUAAUUGACGUAAAAAAACACAUGGGGCUGCAGCUCGAAUUGGGAGCCCAACUCGAGUUGACAACAAUAGGGACAAACGCUGCGGCGGCGGCAACUCGAGUUGACAACAAUAGGGACAAACGCUGCGGCGGCGGCAACUCGAGUUGACAACAAUAGGGACAAACGCUGCGGCGGCGGCAACUCGAGUUGACAACAAUAGGGACAAACGCUGCGGCGGCGGCAACUCGAGUUGACAACAAUAGGGACAAACGCUGCGGGGGCGGCAACUCGAGUUCGUUCCAGAGUUACGCGGCUCAUGGAAACGCACGCGGCGGGAUGUCAAGUUUCUUAGGCCCUCGGAGCCUUACUCCUGAGUCGCAAUAUUUUUCGUCCUUGCCACAGACGUGGCUGCAGGGGGGAGAACAUUGCCGACCAGUUAGAUCCAGUGCCAAGGCUGCUCGUGGCAAGAAGUCACAUGACUGUAACUGCUGGUAAUAGACAGCCUCACUAUUCAAGUGUACGCCAUGAUGUUGUGGCUCUAUCUCAUCACCCCGUGCCUACCAGUUAUGUUGUUUUUACGUCACAUACGGGUGUCAACGGCACUUCUAAUACCAUCAGCAACAUGCCCGGUGCUCGAUGCGUUCUUCCCAGAGUUUUGCGGCAACUUUGUAAGACCGGCUCUGUGCCAACCUUAACCAAGAUUGAGCUGCUCAAUGUGCAGCCUGUGUGAAAUAAGUCCUGAGGUCAAUGCACGAUCGCACCCCCUCCAAGAACAGUUUCAUUUGUGCGCCGUUACUGAAACCUGUCACCAAGCAUUUACCAAAAUCCGACAAUCGCGCCCUUACUGCGCAAGCAGUAAGGGAGCGGCGUGGCUAGUUAUGGGACUCGCCUUCCACGGUCGUGUCACACCCGCUCUUCGAGAGUUGCGCCGGAUCCCAGUGCACCUUUGCAUCGAGUAUAUACUCUGCUGCCUAUUAAUGCGCAUGGCCAAUAUAAACACGUGUCCAGUCGACUUGUCCAAAAACCCUCAAAACCCUCAAAACCCAUAUCAAAUCUCAUAUAUCACAGGCCGGUCCUCGCUCUGCAGACAAACUCUUGACUACGACGUCCCGCGUGUACAAAAACAUAAUUUGGGGAACGGCGCCUUCUCAUACGCUGGGGCCAAGGAUUGGAACUCGCUACCCAGCAAAACUGCGUGCCACUUAAAAAAGUAUAUAUCUUUUUUUUUACUUUUAAAGUGUUCUAAUUUCAAUCUGGCUUUUAAUUGUUCAUAUCAGAAUAAUGUGAUGCGCUGCUGGUCAAUAUUGUACGCAACGCAAGAUAAGUAACAUUGUUAUUUUAAGCGGAUGACGAUGCGGCCGAUGAGAACCAUUGCGUUUCUUGAAUUGAGCAAAGGUUAUAAUAGCUAUGGAAAUGACGCGUCGGGAGCUGGUUUAAAAGUAGAGAGGAGAAAAUAAUGUGUCUUACACCACCAUAGCAAACACGGUAUGUUAAACGAAUCCCUCAACAUUUGUGAUGGAGCCGAAAGCGGUUGGGCUGCGAUUGCUACCAGGAGCUAUGAUUGUCUUGCGUUUAACACGUUAGAGGCCAGAUUCUCAUCUUAGUGAAAGUUUAUAUCGAUUGCUACCAGGAGCUAUGAUUGUCUUGCGUUUAACACGUUAGAGGCCAGAUUCUCAUCUCAGUGAAAGUUUAUAUCGAUUGCUACCAGGAGCUAUGAUUGUCUUGCGUUUAACACGUUAGAGGCCAGAUUCUCAUCUUAGUGAAAGUUUAUAUCGGUAUGGUUUUCUUGUGAAAAAAAAGUGCCGAUGCGUGCCAAGUUGCCAAAACCACGUGUUUUGGCCAUUUCUUCGAAGAUAGAAAUGUUGGCCAUAAAAAAAAAGACUGAAACUUGUAAUGGUUAGCUAAACAGUUUUCAGUCCGAGGAGGCAUUUUGUAUAUCCGUUGUAAAUUGUGUGUAAUGUGUAUAUGCGUGUAAAUAUAUACAUAUUGGGUGUUGUACAGAAUGUUCACCAGUUUGAUGUGUACAUAAGUGAAUAAAAACAAAUAUACGCGUAAAA